AUGUGGAAGAGCUCGGUAGCCCUUCCUAAUCGUGUAGCUACGGAGCAGCAGUCCCUAGUACUUGUGAAGAGGCUUCUUGCUGUCUCAGUCUCCUGCAUCACUUAUUUGAGAGGCCUUUUCCCUGAAUAUGCAUACGGGACAAGAUAUCUGGAGGAUAUCUGUGUCAAGAUCCUCAGAGAAGAUAAAAGCUGCCCUGGUUCUACACAGCUAGUAAAAUGGAUGUUAGGGUGCUAUGAUGCCUUGCAGAAAAAAUAUCUGAGAAUGGUUGUAUUAGCAAUUUAUACAAAUCCAGAAGAUCCACAGACUUUUACAGAAUGUUAUCAGUUCAAAUUUAAAUAUACUCCUGCGGGACCUGUUAUGGAUUUCACCAGUAAUAAAAGCAGUUCAAGCUCAGUCUGCUUGGAUGUAAAGAAAGCAAGCAUAUUGCUCAUCCGAAAAUUAUAUGUCCUCAUGCAAAACCUAGGCCCUUUGCCAAAUGAUGUCUGUUUAACCAUGAAACUGUUCUACUAUGAUGAAGUUACACCAACAAACUAUCAGCCUCCAGGUUUCAAAGAAGGCAGCUGUGAUGGGAUGAUGUUUGAAGGGGAACCCAUGCACCUCAAUGUUGGUGAAGUAGCAACUCCUUACCAUGUACUUAAAGUAAAAGUCACCACUGAGAAGGACAGAAUGGAGAACAUUGGGAAGAGUAUUCUUAAUGAUGGUGAAACCAAACCAGUCACACGUGCUAUCAAUCUAGACAAGGAAGAAGUGGAAAAGACUGAUCAUCCUAUGACUGAUGAAAUGGCUCAAGAUAAUAACAACAAAGUAGAAAAAAAUGAUACAGAGUCUCUUAAUGUUGAAGGGCUUCACCUGACUUGUGAAGAGGAUGACAGCAUGUUUGAUGAUAGUCAAAGCCAGGGAAACAGUGCAUCUCAGACUGAUAAUAAACUAUCAUACAGCCGUAGAACGAGGAGUGGGAGGAUCUUUCAUAAACCGGAGAAAGGACUUGAUACAAAGAAAAUACAGGAUUUGGAAGGAAAUAUGGAAAGAUCUCAGCCUGAGAAAAGGAGCCAGCCUUUUGAGAUCCAAAACAGUCAAGAUGAACCUGCUGCACCAAAGAGAAGAAAAUUCAGUGAACCAAAAGAACGGUUUUAGUCCUUCAGUUCACCUAUAUUUUUACAAUGAAUGUUACAUUUCUUUAAUUCGAGCAGCACUUAUACUAUUUUAUCAAGAUCAUCCACUGUUUUCGGCAUUGUUUUUAGUCAUUAAUAUGUAGUUGGUAUUCAUUAUUCAUUUACGUGUCCUAUUAUUUAAAAUGUUUUAUCUGCAGACAUACAUGUUAUUUCAAAUUACAAAGUGUUGUCCUGGAUAAACCAACUGUGCCAUUUAGCACUGUUGUAGUACUCUCUGUAAUGGGGCUUAUUACAUGGAUAAUACUAUAUAACUUUUAUGACUAUAGUUUUAAGAUGUUGUUCUUGACUUAAAAGGACAUAAAACCCCAUUCUUUUUUUUAUGAUUCAGAUAGAGCAUUCAAUUUUAAAAAACUUUUUCUAUUAUCACAUUGUCUUUGUUCUCUUGGUAUCUUUAGUUGAAAAGCAGGGCUUUAAACUCAGUAGCAAGCAUGUGCGUGGAGCACUAUAUGACAGCAGUGUUGCAAUAAUGUUAUCUAUUUACAAAAGCACUAGAUGGCAGCACUAAUUCCUGCCAUUUAGUGUUCCAGACACCUAUCUAGGUACCUCUUCAACAAAGAAUACCAUAGGAACAAAGCACAUUUUAUAAUAGAAGUAAAUUGGGGUUUUUUUAAAAAAAAAAUUGUAUGCUCUGCCUGAACCACAAAAGAACAUUUUUGGGUUUCAUAUCCCUUUAAUAUCACUCUCCUAAAUGUCUGAUAUGAAGUAAAGACAUUAUUUUUCCUGAUUCCCCAUAUUACUUAUUUCCUUUAAUAAAAACUAGAUGAACAAAAACAAA